GUCAAACAUGAUUUUCCAAUUCCUCCACUCUUGUUUGGGUAUAUGAAUCAGUAAGCUAUCAAUUUUUAGAGGAAGAUAAUUUUCUCGCGUUGGGUCAUUUCUUAUGGGGUGACGGAAAAUCUUACAGCAGAUCGUUGUUACCGACGGAAUAUCUGCGUUUCCUUUCCGAUAAUUUUACGCGUUUGGUGGGCGCGUAUUGACGACUCUCGAGCCAAUUCGUAUUGUUCGUAGACGAUACAGUUUACAUGGCAAAAUAUCCGAUUUUCGAGCUGGUAUCGGAUUGGCCGAACAAAGUGAUGGAUAUGAAUCUUCCUCCUAACAUCAACGCUGUAGUUAAUACUAAUGCGGAACGAACGUUCGCGAUUUACAAUGACGAGAUCGAUGACUGCUCGUCAGACAUAACUCGCUGCACACGAUAUUUUCCAUCUGCCGUUCGAUACAUCGACGGUAAUCUGUGCUUUAUCGUUAAACGACAGUUUUUCAAGUACAACGAGUUUACCAGAAGUGUAACUAUGGCCGGUAAAUUCGACGCGGAGAUUUUUGGUAUUAUGUGUCCAAAGGACGGACUGUUAAAACAAUUGCGCGCUCUUCUAAAAAAAUUCGCUCAGAUAAGGAACGUAUUUUCGAGUGAGGACGAUUUAGAGGAGGAGAGGGAGGAGGAACGGAAUUUUUCAUAUAUUGUAUAGAG